GUCAUUGACUUCUCGUUCUCAUCUUGCAUUGCGAUUGGCUGAAUACAGCUAAAUUAAUAAAUUACCAUCAGAUGCAUUCCGUUAUUGAGGCUACGCGGUCGCCGGAUUCCGCCCAUCGGUUUUAGGAAACGUCUGCUUAGUUUUUAGAAGUCUAAGUGAAAAUGGUGAUACAGAAAAUCUGUUGUUUAGGUGCGGGUUAUGUUGGUGGGCCUACGUGCAGUGUUAUAGCUCUAAAAUGCCCGAAUAUUACUGUUACUGUGUGCGACAAGAGCGCAGAGCGAAUAGGGCAGUGGAAUUCUGAGAAAUUGCCAAUUUACGAGCCAGGGUUGGACGAGGUAGUGCAGAAAUGUCGAGGUAAAAACCUAUUCUUUUCGACUGACAUUGCUAAAGGGAUACAGGAGGCCGAUUUGAUCUUUAUAUCGGUUAAUACACCGACGAAAACGUUCGGAAAUGGCAAAGGGAGGGCUGCAGAUUUAAAAUACAUAGAAGGGGCGGCCCGUAUGAUAGCAGAUCUGGCUACAAGCAACAAAAUUGUGGUCGAAAAGAGCACCGUGCCAGUGAAAGCUGCCGAAAUCAUCAUGAAAAUCCUUCGUGCGAAUACCAAACCUGGUGUACAGUAUCAGAUACUGUCUAACCCUGAGUUUUUGGCAGAAGGAACGGCUAUCGUGGACUUGGUUGAGGCAGAAAGGGUGUUAAUCGGUGGGGAAGACACUCCGGAAGGUCAGAAAGCUAUUCAAGAGCUGUGCUGGGUGUACGAGCACUGGAUCCCAGCUAAGAAUAUACUAACGACCAACACGUGGAGUUCGGAACUGUCUAAGCUAGCAGCUAAUGCAUUUUUAGCGCAAAGAAUAUCGAGCAUCAAUUCGUUGUCCGCUGUUUGUGAAGCUACUGGGGCAGACGUGUCUGAAGUAGCAAGAGCAGUCGGUCGGGAUUCUCGUAUCGGACCGAAGUUCCUUGAAGCAUCAAUUGGAUUCGGUGGCAGUUGCUUCCAAAAAGACAUCCUAAACCUGAUUUAUCUUUGUGAAUGCUUAAACUUGCCAGAAGUAGCAGCGUACUGGCAGCAAGUGAUCGAUUUAAAUGAUUACCAGAAAACACGGUUCACACGUAAAGUCAUAGAGUCCUUAUUCAACACUGUUACGGACAAAAACAUAGCCAUACUAGGAUUUUCGUUCAAAAAGAAUACUGGUGACACUAGAGAAUCACCAGCUAUCUACGUAUCAAAAACUUUACUCGAUGAAGGAGCAAAACUACACAUUUACGACCCAAAAGUAGAAAUUGAGCAGAUUUACUACGAUCUCACACAUCCAUCAGUGACGUCAGAGCCAGAAAUGGUGCGGAAAAACAUAGAAAUCCACGAUUCAGCGUACUCAGCAGUCACGGGUGCUCAUGCUAUAGUAUUAUGUACGGAAUGGGACGAAUUCAAAGAGUUAGACUUCAAAAAGAUCUACGAUGUGAUGAUGAAGCCAGCGUACAUAUUCGAUGGGAGGAAGAUACUGGAUCAUGAAGCGUUGUUGAACAUCGGUUUCCACGUCCAAACGAUCGGCAAGCGGUUGUCCAGGACUGGAAGCAUCAGAGCUCAAGGGAGUCAGACGUUGCCAUAGUAUAAACUUAGGUACUCUAGCAAACGGAGUCGCAAGAAAAAUCACAAAUCAAGUACUGUUAAGUAGUUUUACUUAAAAAUAGUAUUAUUAAGAGAAUUUACUGUGUAAGAUAGAUAAGCUUAAAACAUAAUCCAGUAAUUUUUUAUACUAUUGUUCAAUUAGAGAAUAAGUAAUUCAACAUAUUUUUUACAAUCUGGCUUUAGGUCUGCGCUAGGGCAUACAGAAACAAUUUAAAAACAAUUUGAUUUUAUUGAUCGUUGCCUAUGUAUCAACUUUCAGCAUAGAUCGUUUCAUCCACUCGGACGCGCCCCACCAAUUUUUAGUCUGUGUCGCGUGGGGUGCGGGGAGUUUGAUCC